ACCCUUCCCCUACACCCCUCCAUCUCUCCCUCUCUCUCUCUCCUUCUCUCUCUCUCGCCUUCUCUCAAACACACACGCACGCACCGUCACACACAUUUAUUUCCCUUGUUUGCUCGUGAAGACGCUUCCCAUAUGCCAGCAAUGCAAACACCUCCAAACCAGUGAGAGGAGGAGAUUUUCAUCAGGACGGCCACCGGCAUGAUGGACUAACCCCUGUUCUGUUGUCCUUGUACAUGUAUAUCCCCUUUCCACUGUGGUGCAUGUGGGACUGAGUGUGUGAGUGACGUGUGCUCCAUGGUGACCCAUGGGCCGAUCUCCCAUCAGCCUGUCCACACUGAAGCUGGGGAGGUUAAAGGUUAUCCGCAGGCAGCUGCUUCAGCGCUACGAGCACCAGCCCUUCGUCUCUUGCCUGGCUGGACUCUAUGGCUGCCAAUGGAGGCGCUAUCAAAGGGCCAGAGCCCAACCUGGGGAGUGCUGCUGUAGCAGGUUGGAGUGUGCGAGUUUUAUCCUCCUUAUCAUCACAUUUUUCCUGACACUGGUGUUCCUGUAUUUCUGGAGUGAGGCUCAGAAUGACUACGAUGACUUUGAUUGGUUUAACUUUGGGAAUAUGGGCUUCUGGUUUCCCUGGUCAGUGGUGCUGCUGGUGGUGGCUGCAGCGCUUUUCACCUACAUCGCCCUCCUGCUGGUCUUAGCAGUGUGUCUUCUCUCUGAGGGACAGAGGCUUUAUCUGCACUGGAGCCACAAAAUUGGUAUCCUGGUGACCCUGGCGUUCUCGGUCAGCGCCACAGCUGUGCUCUCGGAUCUAUGGAGCAAAGAAUGGCAGACCCUCCUCCUGUCCUUUCAGGUCACAGCACCUUUUCUGCAUGUGGGUGGAGUCUCACUCAUGGCUCUUCUGUCCUGGCCAAUAGCCUUGCACUUCUUUCGAAUGAAUAAGAAAGUGAGACAGGUGGCCAUCAUGGGCUCGUACCUGGCUGUUCUCUUUGCCUUGUACCUGGUUCCUCUGGGCAUGUAUUCCCCCUGCAUUAAAGAGGAGGGCACGCUGGGCCCAGCACCUAUUCUCAUCGGGCACAGAGGUGCACCCAUGCUCGCACCAGAGAAUACACAGCUGUCCUUCCAGAAAGCUGUGGAGGCUGGAGGAGAAGGACUAGAGACUGAUGUCACUAUUAGCUUCGACGGUGUCCCCUUCCUCAUGCAUGACAGCACGCUGAGGAGAACCACUGAUGUACGCAAAGUCUUUCCCAACCGGACAAACACUCCAGCAGCCAUGUUCACCUGGGCCGAGCUGGAGAUGCUCAAUGCUGGAGACUGGUUCCUGCAGAGGGAUCCCUUUGGAACAGCCUCAUUUUUGGACCCAGAUGAUCGCGCCCAGGUGGAGAACCAGACUGUGCCCACACUGAAAGAGUUUUUAGACUUAGCUGCACAUCACAGGAGUUUGGUGAUCUUUGACCUCCGUCGACCACCUCCAGGUCACCCGUACCGGAACUCGUGGAUCACUCGAACUCUGGAGGUCAUCCAUAACGAAUCCUUCAUCAACUCUAGCCAGGUGCUGUGGCUUCCAGCAGAUCAGAGGGACCUGGUGCAGGAGCUUGACCCGGAGCUGCAGCAGACUUCAGGGAGCCGAGCAUCCAUCGAGGAGCUGCAGGAGAGCAACAUUGUCCGUCUCAACCUACACUACAGCUCUAUGUCCCAGGAGCAGAUCAGUAAAUAUGCCUCUGUGAACAUCAGCACUAACCUGUAUGUGAUCAGUCAGCCUUGGUUGUUCUCUCUGGCCUGGUGUGCCGGAGCUCAUUCAGUCACCACCAACGCACCACACCUCCUCAAGAUCCUCCACAAGCCAAUCUUCCUCAUGACCCCACACGAGUACAGUCUGAUGUGGAUUCUAACAGACGUCGUGUCCGCCAUCCUCAUCACAGCCGUUUUCAUAUUCCACUGGUGGCGAGAACGAGGAUUACCAUUCUGGUCAGACAGCAAACAAGUGCAUGAGAAGGGACUGUAUAGCAAAUUUAGGACAGAUUCCCCCGAAGUUCACUGUAUUCGCUGGAACCCUCUCUUCUCUGAAGAAUCGGCAUGGAGCGUGUUCUCAGUGGCUCAGGAACUUGCCCCUCCCUUGCAUGCUUCCUUGUAAAAUUGUGAGCAUUCCCCUCUCCUGUCCUCUGAAUAAUCCCACUUUGGUUUUUCUCUCCACCCUCCUUCACACGUCCUGCACAGAACUGAGUGACGUCUGGUCCAUCUCCAGCCUCAGUGUGCGAGUGGAGGGACGGAGCGGGCCGACCACACCGAACCUGCCCACCAUCACAGAAGAGCCGCAGGUCUGAGAGAAACGAGCCAUGAAAGAAAAAACUGUAUCUGCAUUUUGACUCCAUAAAGCCACCCGUCCAUCCUUCCAUCCAUCACUGAAGCCUGUGAGCUUUAUUGCAGGAACCUUUUCUUUUGAGAUUUUGACUGAGAAUUAAACCAAUACUUCAUAGAGGACCAGCUGCUUACGAAGCAACCAGCAUCUACUCACUAAAAAAUGACCAAAAAGCGCCAGCAAGCAUGAAAUAUUUAUCAUAUUAUUUUUUAUUAUUAUUAUUAUUUUUAAUUCUGAAGUUAUGAUCAGUCUGUGCCAUUAUGAACUCCUCUGGAAACUCCUCAUAUUGGAGGAGAAAUACUCUCAGUCUUCACCCAGUCAUCAGCAGAUGGAUAAAUAAUAAGAAAAACUUAAUGCACUUUGUGUGAUAUACAUACUGUAGAUAAACAUAAAAGCAUAUAGAUAUUAAAAGUUUUUGCUACAUUAGAAUUCUAAUGCUAAUGUAUUAUAGCUUUACGAUGAAUGUAUAUUUAAUUAUCAACAAGCUGAAUAUGAGCAUGACCGCAAGAACACACCACUGAGCUUCUGGUGCUUCUACAGCAAUGUCCCAGUGGUCGUGAAUUCAAUUACAAACUCUGUACAAAAUCUGUAUUUAAUCAACUUUCAGUAGCCUGUACCUGGUGGCUGUCGGUCAGGCAACACUGGAAUGCCAGAUUAAACCUUCCAGAGUUUUCUAAAGCCUUCAGAGACAAUCUACACUAACAGUUACAGACCCAUCCAGGAUGCAUUCACAAGGAUAUUUUAGUAAAACACACUAACACAAGCCUCUUUAAUGUUGUACACAAUGUUUUUAGCUGUUUUUCUUUCUUUCUUUCAAACUCAUUCAAACAUAGAAGCUUAAAAAUUAUAAUUCUCCUGCAAACGUUUGCAAGACGUACAACAGAAAUGCAUAAAAGCAUGCUUAAUCCCUUUUUACCAUUAUCCCGGUGUUCCAUAUCGACUUAUCAGAUAUUCUUAACCAGUAUAAACAAAUGAUUUAUUUUUAUUUAUGAGUCAGGACUCAGGCUUUCAGGUUUCAUGUUUUUUAAUCUGUUGAUAACCUCGCACUAGAGGCUGAUAUUUUUUCGGUAUUCCCGUGGGUCACGGGAAUCCCACGGGAAUCCCGUGGGAUGGGAAACAAAAUCACUAUUAAUCACGUGACUGGAACGGGACAGGAAAAAAUGUCAGCGGGAGUGGGCGGGACUGGGAAUACACAAAUAUACCCUUGAUAUAAAUAAAAAUAUAAUCUGUUUGCUUUGGUAUGGCUGGUUAAAUGAAUGACGUGCUCCACACACCCCUGACAGUUGGUGGCAGUAAUGUAUGCCAACCACCAAUAAUAUAAGAGAAGGCGUCUUCCCCAUGCACUCUCCAAAAGCCGUGAAAAUUAAAAAUGGAGUCGGACCCGAAACUCAACACUGCAGCGACUACUCUGGGGAAAAAACGACUCUGUCGGGCUCACUUCUAGAGGCUGCCGUUUUUUUUUGGGAUUCCCGCGGGUCACGGGAGUGGGAGGGAAUGGGAGUCAUUCUUCUGGGAUUGGGACAGGAUGGGAAUUUUUUUUGGGAGUGGGACGGGAAAGGUUUGAAAAUCCACUCCCAUGUCACCCUCUACCUCGCACAGAAUUGUAGAGGUUGAAGAUAAUCCAAAGUCAUCUUACAUGCUUUCUUUAAAAAUGUAGUUAAUAAAGUGUAUGAUUUUCUUCCCACAGAACUGCUGCAGUCAGAUUUUUUUUUCCAUCAACAGUUUCGUUAAUAUAUAAUUUGGUGCUUAUAUAACAUAAUGAUCCCAAAAAAAUCCUUGUGGAUGCAGCCUAAUACAAGACAAUCUGUAUUUACAGAAGCAUUUAGAGAAAAAUGAAUACACUUUGUCUUACAAACUGUGUAAUUACAAUACGGAAUGCUUGUGAUCUGGAGGUCCAAAUCAAAACACAACUGCAAAUCAUUGUGUAAUGAAAUUAAAGUAUCUGUAGUGUAGAAGUUAUUGUAGGAUAACUAGGGUAACAGUGUAACGAAACAGUUUACACUAAGCUGUUACACAACACACUGCUAUAUACAGUAAAUAAGUAAGAAACCAAAUUAUUCUGUCGUGUUACCUUCAAAACUUUCCUAGUAGACUAUAAUAAAUAAUGCAGCCUUUGCACCUGUACAUGGCUUUCGGUCUAAUUCAUGUCUAAUAUGUCUAAAUGCAUUUGUUUUGCUGUAAAUUGAAGAUUAGAUGAGAUUAAAAAUGGUGUACUGAUUUAGAAAGGGCUUUUUUUGUAGCUGGGGGUUUUUGUGUUUUGUUUUGUUUUUAACAUAUGCAAAGCCACACGGUUGCCGCGUUCAUGUUCGACAAGUUUGUUUCAUGGACGUUUCACAACAUUAAAUAUAUCUACACAUGGAUAAAAA